AUGGCUGCCCCUCAGGUCUCCCUCAACGGCUCCUCGCUCACCGCCCCCGGCCCAAACAUCCAGGCUCAUGCCGGCAAACGGAUCAGAGGCCACUCACAAAUGGAUUUCAAAUCAGCCACCACCGGUGUGGCCGCCAAGGCCAUGCGCAACGAGCUAUCGAGACUAGCCGAAGAAGUCUCCGAUCCAAACUACCGCAAGGCCUUCGAGGCGGAGAUGCAAGGCUUCUUCUUGCUCUUCAGCCGAUAUCUCCAGGAGAAGGCCAGAAACACGCCCCUCCAAUGGGACCGUAUCGCCCCUCCCGCCGCAGACCAGGUGGUCUCGUACUCCGAUCUACCCGAAACGUCCGAUCCUUCAAUCUUGGACAAGCUCGCCGUACUCAAGUUGAAUGGUGGUCUGGGCACCACCAUGGGCUGUGUAGGUCCGAAAUCGGCCAUCGAGGUCCGGGAUGGCAUGACCUUCUUGGAUCUAUCUGUCCGCCAGAUCGAACAUUUAAACUUGGCCCACAAAGUCAAUGUUCCAUUCAUCUUGAUGAACAGUUUCAACACUGAUGAUGACACCGCCCGCAUCAUUCAAAAGUAUGCCAAUCACAACAUCGAAAUCAUGACCUUCAACCAAUCCCGAUAUCCGAGGGUCAACCGGGAAAGUCUCUUGCCGGCCCCACGCACGGCGACGGGGGACAAGUCUGCCUGGUACCCACCAGGCCAUGGGGACUUGUACGAUGCGAUCACGAACUCGGGUCUGUUGGACAAGCUGCUUGCAGCCGGCAAGGAAUACAUCUUUGUCUCCAACUCGGACAACCUGGGUGCCGUCUUGGAUACCAAGAUCAUGCAACACAUGAUCGACUCUCAGGCCGAGUUCAUCAUGGAAGUCACCGAUAAGACUAAGGCUGAUGUCAAGGGUGGAACGUUGAUCAACUAUGACGGUAAUAUCCGGCUCUUGGAAAUCGCCCAGGUUCCAAACGAUCACGUCGAAGACUUCAAGUCGGUCCGCAAGUUCAAGAUCUUCAACACCAACAACUUGUGGGUGAACCUUCGAGCGUUGAAGCGAGUGAUGGAAUCGGAUGGGAUGGAGUUGGAUAUCAUCGUCAACAACAAGGUGGCCGAAAAUGGCGAGGCGGUCAUCCAACUGGAGACGGCAGCCGGAGCGGCGAUCCAACACUUCAGGAAUGCACAUGGGGUCAACGUGCCUCGGAGCAGGUUCUUGCCCGUCAAGAGUUGCUCGGAUCUCUUGCUGGUCACUAGUGAUUUGUACCAGCUCGAACAUGGUAGAUUGGUGAUGAACGAAGCAAGGAUGUUCCAGUCUACCCCGGUGGUCAAGCUCGGUGACCACUUCAAGAAAGUGGCCGCUUACCAAUCCCGAUUCAAGAACAUCCCGAGCAUGUUGGAGCUCGACCACUUGACGGUCAGUGGGGAUGUGAAGUUUGGGCGCAAGGUGACCUUGAGAGGCACUGUGAUCAUCGUGGCUAACGAAGGCAGCAAGAUCGAGAUCCCAGAUGGCACAAUCUUAGAUAACAAGUUGUUGACCGGUAACUUGUCGAUAAUCGACCACUAG